AUGUCCUGUGCCUCUCAUGAAGCCCUUGUAUGUAAGAGAAGAAGAAAGAUGAAAUCAGGCAUGUUCAAGGUGUUUCGCUAUUCAAAUUGGCUCGAUAGGUUGUAUAUGGUGCUGGGGACUUUGGCUGCCAUCAUCCAUGGAGCUGGAUUCCCCCUCACGACGCUGGUGUUUGGAGACAUGACGGAUAGCUUUGCAGGUGCUGGAAAUUUCAGGAACAUAAGGUUUUCAAACAUGACUAAUGCAAGUACUAUAGACAAAACAGAUUAUGGCAAGAAGCUGGAGAAGGAAAUGACCACGUACGCCUACUAUUACUCUGGAAUUGGCGCUGGCGUGCUUAUUGCUGCUUACAUCCAGGUCUCGUUCUGGUGUCUGGCCGCUGGAAGACAAGUACACAGAAUCAGAAAACAGUUUUUUCAUGCCAUCAUGCGACAGGAGAUAGGCUUGUUUGACAUGCAUGAUGUUGGAGAGCUUAACACCCGGCUCACAGAUGACGUCUCCAAAAUUAAUGAAGGAAUUGGUGACAAAAUUGGAAUGUUCUUUCAGGCAAUGUCAACAUUCUUCACUGGUUUUAUAGUAGGAUUUACAAAAGGUUGGAAGCUCACCCUUGUGAUUCUGGCCAUCAGUCCUGUUCUUGGCCUGUCAGCUGCUAUCUGGGCAAAGAUACUGUCUUCAUUUACUGAUAAAGAAUUAUUGGCAUAUGCAAAAGCUGGAGCGGUAGCUGAAGAGGUCUUAGCGGCUAUUAGAACUGUGAUUGCAUUUGGAGGACAAAAGAAAGAACUUGAAAGGUACAACAAAAAUUUGGAAGAAGCCAAGAGAAUUGGAAUAAAGAAAGCUAUCACGGCCAACAUCUCUAUGGGUGCUGCUUUUCUGUUGAUCUAUGCAUCCUAUGCCCUGGCAUUCUGGUACGGGACCUCCUUGGUCCUCUCAAGAGAAUAUUCCAUUGGACAAGUGCUCACGGUCUUCUUUUCUGUAUUAAUUGGAGCUUUUAGUAUUGGACAAGCAUCUCCAAACAUUGAGGCAUUUGCAAACGCAAGAGGAGCAGCUUAUGAAGUCUUCAAGAUCAUUGAUAAUAAACCAAGCAUCGACAGCUAUUCAAAGACUGGGCACAAACCCGACAAUAUUAAAGGAAAUCUGGAAUUCAGAAAUGUUCACUUCCAUUACCCAUCUCGAAGCGAAGUUAAGAUCUUGAAGGGCCUCAACCUGAAGGUAGAGAGUGGGCAGACGGUGGCCCUGGUUGGGAACAGCGGCUGCGGGAAGAGCACCACCGUCCAGCUGAUGCAGAGGCUGUAUGACCCCACGGAGGGCAUGGUCAGUAUCGACGGACAGGAUAUCAGGACCAUCAACGUAAGGUAUCUGCGGGAGAUUAUCGGGGUGGUGAGUCAGGAGCCUGUGCUGUUUGCCACCACGAUAGCCGAGAACAUUCGCUAUGGCCGUGAAGAUGUCACCAUGGAUGAGAUUCAGAAAGCUGUGAAGGAAGCCAACGCCUAUGACUUUAUCAUGAAACUUCCUAAUAAAUUUGACACCCUGGUUGGAGAGAGAGGAGCCCAGCUGAGCGGUGGGCAGAAGCAGAGAAUCGCCAUCGCCCGGGCCCUGGUUCGCAACCCCAAGAUCCUCCUGCUAGACGAGGCCACCUCAGCGCUGGACACGGAGAGUGAAGCGGUGGUUCAGGCGGCCCUGGAUAAGGCCAGGGAAGGCCGGACCACCAUUGUGAUAGCGCAUCGUCUGUCCACGGUUCGUAAUGCUGAUGUCAUCGCGGGUCUUGAUGAUGGAGUUAUUGUGGAGAAAGGCAGUCAUGAUGAGCUCAUGGGGAAGAGAGGCAUUUACUUCAAACUUGUCACAAUGCAGACAAAAGGAAAUGAACUUGAAUUAGAAAAUACCCCUGGUGAAUCCCUAAGUGAAAUUGAUGACUUGUACACGUCCUGCCAAGAUUCAAGAUCCAGUCUAAUCAGAAGAAAAUCAACUCGCAGGAGUGUCCGUGGAUCCCAAAGCCAGGACAGAAAGCUCAGUACAGAAGAAACUUUGGAUGACAGUGUACCUCCAGUUUCCUUUUGGAGGAUUCUGAAGCUGAAUAUAACUGAAUGGCCUUAUUUUGUGGUUGGUGUAUUUUGCGCCAUUAUAAAUGGAGGUCUGCAACCAGCAUUCUCAGUCAUAUUUUCAAGGAUUAUAGGAAUUUUCACCAGAGAUGCGGAUGAUGAAACCAAACGACAGAAUAGUAACUUGUUUUCACUGUUGUUUCUAAUCCUUGGAAUUAUUUCUUUUAUUACAUUUUUCCUCCAGGGCUUCACGUUCGGCAAGGCGGGAGAGAUCCUCACCAGGCGGCUGCGGUACAUGGUGUUCAGGUCCAUGCUGAGACAGGAUGUGAGCUGGUUCGAUGACCCUAAAAACACCACGGGAGCAUUGACGACCAGACUUGCCACUGACGCCGCUCAAGUUAAAGGGGCUAUAGGUUCCAGGCUUGCUGUAAUUACCCAGAAUAUUGCAAAUCUUGGCACAGGCAUUAUAAUAUCUCUCAUCUAUGGCUGGCAGUUGACACUUCUCCUGUUAGCAAUUGUACCCAUCAUUGCAGUAGCAGGAGUUAUUGAAAUGAAAAUGCUCUCUGGACAAGCCCUGAAAGAUAAGAAAGAACUGGAAGGUGCUGGGAAG